GCAGCUCGAACGCUCAGCCGAGAAUUCGCCACUUGUUGGAUUUUCCUGUGGCUCGUGCAAUCGUAACACCGCAAUUAGAGGAAAGCAAACACUACACACGGGAUAAGUCGGUCGUUAGAAUAAAACCAUCCACACCACGCGAUAAUGGUAUAAAAGAUGAAUAUGCGUUCAGAUUCACGGAACGGUGUUGAAGAGUCAAACUUUGGGAACAACAUCAUGACUGCAGGACUAACUUGCCGCAAGUCCUCGAGAACAUCCUGCCAACGAGAACUCGAACUUACCGACUCAUCGUCGAUCAGUGACGACACGUGCACCGGUUCGGAUGGACAAGGUCAGAGCGGCAGCGGACCGGUCAGAUCCGGUAACCGGAGGAAGCGCAAGUCUAGCGGCAAAGACAAGAACGUCAGAAGAUUGGAGAGUAAUGAGAGGGAAAGACUGCGAAUGCACAGCAUCAACGAUGCCUUUCAGUCACUAAGGGAAGUGAUACCGCACGUCAAAAAAGAUCGGCGAUUGUCAAAAAUCGAGACGCUCACAUUGGCCAAGAACUACAUCAUCGCUUUGACAAAGAUCAUAUGCGAAAUGAGAGGCGAACUGGACCCAUUCAAGGACCGACCGGAACCAGUGGGUGGCUCACGCACUGCCGCUUCCAGAAACACUGAAUCUUCAUCGUCCGUGGCAGCGGUGGCGACCGCGGCGGCUGCAGAAAUCGACAGGCGACUGCAAUUGGCAUUACAAAAUUCGGACGAAUCAAUGGAUCUCUCUUAAUCAAUGGUCCUACCAUUACCACUAAUACCACCACUACCAAAACCAUCUCCUUUACUUACAUAAUAAUACCUGUAUGGGAAAAAUUUUAAUUAAUAUCUAGUCAAUUUUUCUCCUUCUUCGUUGAGUUAUUCACUUUAAUCCGGUAUAUAUAAAUAUAUAAGACACAUAUUAGUAGGCCGAUUUUCUAUAAUUUAUAACGUAUAUAUAACAUUUAUACAGACAACUAUGUAACCGAACCGAAAUAUUCGAAAUUUAUUUUGGAUGUAUGUGACCCAAAUUUAUAGGCAUAUAGCUGAAGUGCCACGAAGAGACAAAUUUUUCUACUUUGGUCUCCUAUACUUUGAGUAACAUACAAAAAAAAAACAUUUUGCGCAAUGAACACUUGUUAUUUUGUAUAAUAAGAAUUAUAAGAAAUCCCGUUUUUGUCGUCAUUCCCCUUGAAUUUCCAUGUGUAGAUACCCUUCCAAAUCAUAGUUUCAAACAUCCUUUUCUAUACACUCCUUCUAUAUUUGUUUUUAUUUUAUCCCGGAAAAAAACCGAGACACCAAUACACACUAAAAUAUUUAUAACUAUUAUAUUAUUACUAUUAUUAUUAUUAAUAUUAUUAUAACUAUUAUGUAUAAUAUAAUAUAUAACAGUGGUUUUCAAACUGAGUGCUACAAUCAUUCUCUAAGAAAGCCAUGACCUCUUGAUUUUUUUUAUAAACGACCGAUUACAUUACAUUGUGAUACAUGAAAAUGGAUAUGUUCAAACGUAAUGCAUCUGCAAUUUAUAUAUUAUAGUUUAUGUAUAAUAAAGUACAAUUUUUUUUAUCGACUUUGGUGUAAAAAAUUAAAU